AUGUCACAAAAGUGAUAUUACAAUCCAACCGUUUCAAAAGUGAUGCCAAUGGUGGUACAAUAAACCUAAACCAAAAGUAGCAAUGUUUUCACCAACUCUACUUGUCUUGGCGUAUAAGACCGAUGUCCUUCACUAGUUUUGUCGCCCUGUUUUGUCAAGCGAAUCCAUUGAUUUGACGAUAACUGAAGAAAAUGUUACUUUUGUCAAGAAAGUUACCAAAUCUAGUUACCAAAUCUAUAUAUUUUUACAUCAGGAAGGUAAAAGAAUCGACCCAUGCCAUCGAACUACUGAACCAAAAUCAAGCCAUCCAAGAGGAGAUCUAACCCGGGUUGUGACCAAAAAAAAAGAGAGAGUUAGAAAGACCAGGUCUUGUUGAUUUCAGCGAAAGCCCAUGUGGACUUAGCCAAACCGUGUCUAAGCGAAUUUUCUAUUCCAAUGUCCUACAGUUUGGUUCAAUAAUAUUGAAAACUAAUUCUUUUGUAGUAAAGUCAAAGUCAAAGUUCAUAUAUGUGUUUGUAUACAAUAAACAUAGGAAAGUGAGACCAACAAUGUACAAGUCAAACAACGACAUCUCAAGAAACCUAUAUAUAUACGAGGCAUUAUCGAAUUCGUUACAUAUACAAACCUAAAAAGACCCUACACUUCUCUAACCAAUAAGAAGGAAUUUAGCACAAAAAAACCCAAUAAGAAGAAUUAUGAUGAAGAGACAAUUAGUGCUUGUGAUUAUCUUAGUUGUUAUUUUCGUUGCUGUCUUGGACGUUGUGCAAGUUGAAGCCAUGAGGCCUUUCCCGGAGGCCGUCGACGAGAUAAGUCUACUGUUGUUUCAGGCGCUUCAAAGAGGUCCGGUCAGUGGCUCUGGUCGGAACGGUUGCACCAAUAUUCCUCGCGGUUCAGGAAGGUGCCGCCACGGCUAAAGCUGUCAUACGAAUCUUCUUCAUUAUUUUUUUAUUCUUUUUUUAGUUCCCACAGUUGUGUGUUACGUACAUAAUUACAUAUACGUAAUUAUACGAUAGCUUUAGACUUGGUCUCAUAUCAUUUGAACUGUAAUAAACGGAAAUCUAAUUAGUUGAUUAAUGUGUGUCUUCAAUGACAAUACAUACAUGUUUUUUACUUUUUUGGGGCUAUUCACUAAAUUGGUCAAGAAAAGCUAUAUUUGUAGAAACAAAUAUACUAAUAACCAAAAGAUUUUUUUCGUUUUAAAAAUAGAAACUUUAUUGGA